GCUCAUGCAGUGACAGGUGCACCACCUCAUCCCCGGCCGCCAGGGCCGCCAGUGAGGGCCAGUAACUGCAUACAUCCAAAUUUGAGAAAGAAGAUUAUUUUUUUAAUUUUCAAUGCAUGAAAAAAGGUCUGCCAUAUUCGAUCAAAUUGAGCCCUAUCAAUUUUUGUUAAAUUUUGUAGCCAUACUAUAUGAGUUACAGUAUUCUGUAUUCCACGUUCAAGGCAUAUCACAAUAAAGAUGAAUAUAUACGGGCGCGCCGUGACGGUCAGCUAGCUAGUCAGCUGAUCAUACCCGAGCACUGCUGCUAUGCAUGCUGCGCUAGCGCUGCUAUAUUCUCGAUCGCUAGCUAGACUAGGCGCGCGCGCUAGUUACAAUCGUGUUGUUGGCAUAAUGGCGGAGGAUGAGGGAGAUACUUGACAAGGUUUGUGCAAUUUUAGGUCCGGUGGCAUACCAUGGACACUAGGCACAAACAGCUCCAUGACCGGGCCAAUGAUUUAUUUUCACGGCAGCAGUACCAGCAGGCUGCAGAGCUUUUCACCCAAGCUCUGCAGCAGCUAGCCACAACUUCCUCAUGGGGGGACAACAGCAACAGCCGCAGCAGCAACACCAAACAGCAGACCCCACAACAGCAGCAACAUCUAACAAGUAGCAGUCCCAGACACAGUAAUAACAGCCACACGCAGCAGAACAACCACAAUUCAACCAACCCUCACCAUCACCCUCGAGAUCUCCACCUCUCCUGCCUCAAUAAACGUGCCACCUGCUUCCUCAAGUUGGAUAAAAAUGAAAAAGCCCUAGAUGACAUCAACAAGUUAUUAUCCAUGUCUCCAACCAGAAGUAGCCUAGGUAAAUUAUUAAUGCGCAAAACCCAAGCCCUCAGCAAGCUACGCAAGACCCAAGAAGCCUACGAAACAGCAAAACAGUGGACCUCCGCAGAACCAAAGAAUGGCCAAGCAUCUAAAGAAGUAAACAGACUUAAGAAAUUACUUGAUGAAAAGACAGAGAACCCAUCAACUAGUAGAAACACAUCAGCAAGAGACAAGAAUGGGACGGAAGCAUCAUUACACCCCUCACAGUCAAGUGGAAGAGGCCAAGGAGCCAGUGGUGGUAGUGCUAGCUCGGCCUCCUCCUCUCAUCACCAGAGGGGUAAACGCAAACCAGCAUCUGAGGGAAAGCAUAAAAAAGAUGCUAGUAAGCAAGAGAAUUCUGAAAACUUCUGUUCCUAUUGUCAAGUGCAAUGUUCAACCCAGGUGGAUAUCCAUCUCCAUAGCAUGAGUGAGAGUCACAGAGCUAUCAUAUCAUCGGAUGAAGGACGGGAUUGGAAGCAUAGACCGCCACCUAGGGGUGCCGUGGGGGAGGAAUAUCUCCUCUGUGCUGAUCGUCUGAAAUGCCGGUUUGGUCAACAAUGUCCAUACGCCCAUAGUGAGGAUGAAUUAGCCGAGUGGAAGGAACGCUACAGGUAUAGACAGAUGAAAUACCAACGAGCGAGGGACAAACAGAUACAUGGAAUGAGUUUUGCAGAGCAACUCUUUGAGAAGUGGAUGAAUUCACCAGCUCCUCUCAAUGUGCUCAGUGAAUCAAUUGAUGAUGUGAAGGUUAGCAUAAAUUCUGAUACCAAUGUCACAGUAUCAAGUAAGAACACGGCACAUUCCUGGAUCUUCACACUGCAUUGUAAGCCUAGCAAACAGCUCCAACGGGUUGCUCUCUUCUUCGACGUCCAUCGACCGCACUUCAGCAUCGCCAGCAUCCUGAUGGGUGACUCCAAGCGUCAGAGCUCCCAGGAUAUUCCGGAGAAUUGUCAGGAGUGGAGCAGCAAGAUGAGCACCAACAACAACAACAUCAACCCUUACAACAGCGCAAAGUCCAAGGAGCGCAUCUACCGGGUCAAGAUCCAGUUCACCUCGCAGAUCUUCGGCACGUUCCGUCAGUCGGUGGUCUUUGACUUUGGCACCGAGCCGGUGCUGAUGAAGAGGAUCUCUGUGGACUCGGUGUCCGCCAUGGACCAGAAGGAGCUAGAGGAGGUGAGGGAAUCCAUGAUGUGUGUGACGGAGCGCUGGGACGGAACCAACAAGACGGUGGUGAACUUCAGUCCGCCUAUCCAGAUGGGGACAGAGGAGGAUAAAGGUCUGCUUUCAUUCUACAUGCCUCCGCACUCGACGGAAGAGCUCUUCAAACGCUCGGUAUUGGAAAAGACAAUCACCAAGAAUAACUACAAGAACAGGAUGCAUGAUCUGCUGUAUAUUGAGGAGACAGCCAGGUUUAGGGAUAUCAGCAAGUUCAACAUCAGGACAACCCUUCAGAUGGCCACCACCUUCAUGCUGGUGCCGUCACGGAACAGCGGUGCCCGUUACGCUCAGGAUGGCCAGCUCUUCGCCCUCAUGCACCUCAACGAUGACCUAUCCGACGAUACUCCAGGUGGCCGACUGAUCCUCAACAGCUGCAGUUCAGUGCUCCUAGCCCCGGUCCAGGAUGGGAAGACAACGGAAAAGGUCUAUGAAGCACCCAUCAUAGAGAAGAGCAAGGACUCUAUCUACAUGACCCUGAGCAAGGAGUGUGUGGAUGAUCUGAAGUUGAAGAACAACUCACAGAUCAAGGUGGAGUUACAAUUCCAGCUCAGUAGAUUACACCUAUGUGAAAUGCACUAUGCAGUAGACAAGGUCCCAGAUAUGAGCCUUCUCUUCCCUGAUGUACGUUCCAAUGCCAAAGUUCCAUGGACCCCAAACAAGCAAUGGAGUGAUAAGAUGGAUAUGCAGAUGAACAGCAAACAGAGAGAAGCCAUCGUUGCCAUGACGACUCCUCUAGUCCAUCAACUUCCUCCAAUCUUCCUUGUUGGUCCCUAUGGCACUGGGAAGACCUACACUCUGGCCCAUGCAACCAGGCUCAUCCUACAACAGCCCAAGACAAGGAUACUUAUCUGCACCCACUCCAACAGUGCGGCAGACCUAUACAUCAGAGACUACUUCCACUCCUUUGUGGAGUCUGGUAACACCGCUGCCAGGCCCCUGAGGAUCUAUUUCAAGGAUCGAUGGGUGCCAACGGUGCACCCUGUGGUGCGCCUCUACUGCUGCAUGUCUGAGGGGGAGGACCGGUUUGUCAUGCCUACCAAGGAACAGGUGGAAAAGCAUCGGGUGGUGGUUGCCACACUCAGUACCUCAAGAUUUCUGACCCACCUGGAGCUAGACCAAGAUUACUUCACUCACAUCCUCCUGGAUGAAGCAGCUCAAGCCAUGGAGUGUGAGACAGUGAUGCCCCUAGCCCUCGCGACCAAAAAUACCAGGAUUGUUCUGGCUGGAGACUACAUGCAGAUCAGCCCGCAAGUGCACAGUGAGUUUGUCUAUGAUCGUAAACUCCACAUCUCAUUGCUGGAGCGUCUCUACGACCACUACCCCGACACCCAUCCCUGCAAGAUCCUUCUGUGUGCCAACUACCGCUCUCAUGAUGCCAUCGUGGACUACACCUCGGAUCUGUUCUAUGACGGGAAGCUCUUGGCUUCUGGGAAGCAGCCUCCGCAUCCUAAGUGGUACCCGCUGACGUUCUUCACAGCCAGGGGUGAGGAUGUCCAGGAAAAGAACAGUAUCUCCUUCUACAACAAUGCAGAGGUGUUUGAACUGUGUGACCGUGUACAAGAGCUUCAGAAGACCUGGCCAGAGGAAUGGGGGACGUGCGAUGAGAACAGCAUUGGUGUGGUAGCUCACUACUCAGAUCAGGUCUUCAGAAUCAGACAUGAGCUACGGAAGAGAAAACUCUUCAGUGUAUCCGUUGAGAGAGUCAUGAACGUCCAAGGCAAGCAGUUCCGAGCCCUAUUCAUCAGUACAGUACGAACACACCACACCUGUAAGCAUAUGGUCAAAGCCCAACCUGCCAAGAAGUCUAAUGCCUCGUCCAAGUCUUCUAAAGACCUUCCUCAGUCUUCGAGUGAAGAUGAACCAGACUAUGGCUUUCUAUCCAAUGACAAACUCCUGAACACUGCUAUCACCAGAGCUCAGUCUCUUGUGGCUGUAGUCGGGGAUCCCGUCUCUGCAUGCUCAAUCGGCAAGUGCAGGAAACUCUGGGAGAAAUUCAUCUCCAUGUGCAAUGACAACAACAGUCUCCAUGGAUGUACGUUCUCCUCCAUCCAGAAUCAGCUCUCCAAUGUGGAGAUGAAGAAGACCUAUGUCCUGAAUCCUUUGGCAAAGGAAUUCAUCCCUCGAGCAAUGCGCAACCAGAUGAUGGGGGUGCCUUUCAUCCAGGGAUCACCCGCCCAAGGUAUAGCGACCAUCAACCACAACCUACAUCGGUCAGUUUUAUCACCAAGUCACACACCAACCCCUCCUGUUCCAGGAAACCAGCCUUUGCCUUUCUUCGGAGGUGUUGGUGCCAUACCAAGUGGAAACAUGGUGAGGCCAGCGAGUCCUGUGCCUUUGAUUGAUCCGUACACUGGACGACGUGUUGUCUAUAUGCCUAUGAUGCAUAUGCCAGUGCCUGUCAGGAUGGUUCCUAAUGCUUAUUACCCAUUCCCUCCCUACCCGUACAUGGAACCUGCCGUGCCUUACCACCCUCAGUUUAUGCAUCAAGGAGGAUUUAUGAUCCCCCAAGGGGUGAAACAUCCGCAUGGGCAACCAGGUUCACCUGCUCACCAGUCAGCUCAAGACAAUUCUCAGGGAUCUGCAUUCAAGGAGGCAUCAGCAUCCUCAUCUUCGAUGCAUCCAGGCACCACCCACAGGAUUGCCCCUGGCUCUCCAGCAAGAGACCCAAGGCCAAUGAGCUUACCCAUUGGACAGUUUGAUUCUAGUAAAAGCCAACAUGAGAGACAGGAAGUAGUGGCUAAGAUAGAGGAGAUGCAGAUCAAUGAGGAAUAUCAAUAUUUGUUGAGGACAAGAGGACAAACCUAUGCAGACAACUUCCUGGCUAAUGUUAAGAGGUCGCAAUCACCAAAGGUUGGUCCUGGAAGACCAACAAGUGACACUGCACCUCAAUCAAAGCUAUCUCAGCCGCAGCAGCAGGGGCAACGAAGCCAAUCUUUGUACACAGACAAGACUGAAGCUAUUGGAGCUAGUGGACAGCAGCUUCCCUUUAGCAGAAAUUCCAACCAUUGGAAUACACCAUCAGAGAGUAACCAAUCUAACAGAGACCCCUGGCCCUCAAGGUUAAAGUCACACAAUCCAAGGGAUACCCUGGACUCGACAGGGAAUCAGCCUAGGAUUUGUGAUUCGGCAAUCAUUGACCAAGGCCCAGCCUUCAGUAAGAAUCAACCAGGGCAUAGGAUGCCAUUCGGUCCCUUGGAGAUGCCACCCAAUGUGUUCGUUGACUCCCAUAUGCCUCCUUACCAUGACCAUGAGGCCAAACACCAGAGGGAUUUCUCAGUGCAACCAAGUGACCUUAGCCCUCGCACUCCUGCCAACUUCAUGGAUGCAAGUCCUGGCCUAAGCCCACUGGAGCUGGCAAUUCAGUUAGGAGAUGCGAAAGGCAGUUUCCUUGGAAAACCACAGGGCAAGUCCUUCUCAUUCAAUGGAACAAGUUCAUUGACUUCUCCAAGAGAUGAUCCCAACCACCUUGCACCACCCAACUCCCAGACAAGCUUUGGACAUCAGCCAAUGCUUGGAAAAGAGCAUACCUUCAGACCAGUCAGCAAGGAUGACAGAUCAACAAGUCCCCUCGGUGCCGCUCCUCCAGUUGGGCACCAGAGAUGGCCACAGUCUUCUAUGAGCAACAACUUCUCAAGCACGCUCUCUCCUCAGCAUCAUCAGCAAGAGUACAACAACUUUCCACAGUCGCGAGGUCUCCAGAACUUCAGUCCUACGACUCCCAGCUUGUCUAGUCAAGAGAGCCUCCCGAGCCCUUCAUCGCCAUAUGGGCAAGGUAGUACCAGUAGUCUCCUUGGCUUGUCCACUAGCCCUACCAACUUCAAGGAUGAUAGUAAGCCAUCAAUGUCUUAUGCCAGUGCUCUUAGAGCACCUCCAAAGCCUAAGGUUCGACCUAAAGAUGAGAGAACAAAAACUGCAUCCCCUGAUCCCUUGUCCCUGAUUAAAGAUCUUGGUAACAGGCACACAAAAGAUGGCUUUUACUCUAUCUUCUAAAGCUUCUAAUGUGACAUGGAUGGCAUUUUUAAUAAGUACACCACUUUCUGUUGUUGGACUCUGUAUUGGUUUCAGUUUGGCAAUUCAUCACAAGAAUCACUAACAGAAGUCUCUUUUUGUGUUAUUUAUUUUGGCAAUCAAACAAUGCAUUAUAUCGCUGUUUCAUUGAUGAUUUCAUUUAAAACAAAAUCAGGAUGCAUAUCAGUGAUGCAUAUAAAAUAUCAUGUAUCUAAUCUAUUGUUUUGAUGAUCAUUUGGAAUAAUGAAGAAUAAAGUUUAGUUUUUAUCAAGAUGCUUCAUAAAUGUAGAAGAAAUGUAUUUAAUGAAUAGUCAUUCCAUACUUCUUGAUUGAUUUUCUAAAUGCCAUUCAAGUCACAUUCACAUUUACAUCUUUGCAUAAAUCUGCAAUAGAACCUAUUCUUGACACUGACCUUGUGGCAUUCCAUACUAUGGGGAUUCCCCCAUCAUUUUGUGCUGGUUCAUUUUCUUCUCCAUGCAUAACGAGUACAUUCUAGUGUACAUACAUUUAUACUACACAUAGUUAAAAAAGCAAAACAAAUCUAGCAUUCCAGUUGCAAUAUUGCAGUUCCAUUGCCCAAGGGUAUUUGUGUAUUAAUAUCUCUUCCCUUAAAAAAAAAGCAAAAAUCAUGCAUGAUAAAAGUAUAUGCUGUGUUUUAACACUGUUUACACAGUACAAAAAGUUGGAGUGAUUUCAAUUGUAUCAUGGUGGAAAUUGUGAUCGAUUUUUUAAAUUUCAUUGGUUUGAUACUUUUUUUUGUGAAGUGUUUAAGCAAUCAGAUUUUAUUUAUGGUUUGGUUUCAGACAUUCAGAGUGUGAUUAAUAUGAGAUGUAGGUUGCUAGGGUGAAUAUAAUGAUCUUAUUCAGUGAGCUGACUGUUUAUAUGAAGCAUACUGGACAAGACUUUAUAGUAGUUAACCUUCUCUCUCUUGAGAAAAACAAACUCUUCAUGAUGAAAUUUGAAAUGAAAAGCUGCCAGAAAAUUAGUGUCAAAGGUUUGUUUUUAUACAGUGUGAGUCAAUUCCUUUUCUGUUACUAGCAAUCAGAAAUCAAUAGCUUUUAUUUUUUUGUAAAGAGAGAUGUCCAAUAUACACAAUAAAUUGAAUUGCCUGCUUGGCUUAUAAUGAGGGAUUCAGCAGAUUUUCUACUGCUUGGCAUGUAAUUUAGUGUCAUAUUUUGUCAUGGUGAAGUCAGUGAUUGUGAAAUUCAAAGUGAUAGUGAUGUAGGUAUAUGUCCCUUUUUGGCCAUUCUAGAAUGCAGUGUUUAGGUAUGGAUGGUUAUUGCCUAUUCCAGUCAUGGAUUGUUAGUCAUUUUUUUGCUUCAAGUGAAAUUAAUAUUUUAAUCUGCUGCUAAAUCAUGCUUGAUUUGAUAUGUUGUGAAAACUUGUUUUGCAUUUGCUUGGUCAGAAUUUGAUCGCUUGUUUCUUGUAUAUCCAGAGAAGAAAAAAAAAUAAUUGGAAAAAAAAUCAAUAAAAAAAAUGAAAAAUACAAAAACAUUAGAUUAGCAUGUUUGUAGGAUUUAUUAUGUAGUGACUCAGUAUAUAAAGUAUGGUAUGGUGUACAUAGAUGUAGAAUGAUUUACUUUGUACAGACACUGUUUAUAGUAACCUAACUUUAGAUUGUAUGUUUAGCUUCCGAGAAAUUGUGUGAAUAGCAUGAUGUCUUGAUAUCAACAAAGAGGUGUAAAUUUAAAUUUUGCAAUUUUUUUCUGGGUGAGAUAGCAAGAUGCUUAUUGUAUUUUAUUAUAAUAUGUAUCUCGUGUCCAUUUAUACAUUAUGUCAUACAUAGAUACAUGGACUGUACUCUUUGUAGAUAUAUAUAUACAUGUACCUUCCUAUAAAAGCUAUCUUGUCUAUAUUGUAAAUAGAAAUUUGGCUUAAAAUAACCACUAUUUUGACAUCUGAAGCUUACUGUUAGACAGGAAAACUUAUCAAAUUUAUAUACUAUUCGUAGAAUUUGACCAAAAGUGUUACACUGUUCAAAAGUCACAUUCCUGUAGAAAAACAAAUAAAGAAAGAAAAUAUGCCUUUGCUGUGAAAUUCCUAGUUACAAUGUAAAUUUUACCCUUGUGUGGGGAUUCUAUAGUAGGAUUGUUUUUUUGCUAUGCUUUAAGAGAAACAUAAGCAAUAUAUUAGGUCAUUUCAAACAAAAUAAUUGGAUAAAAUUCAUUCUCAGGGUAAUUUCUGUAUUGAUUGUAAGGUACCAUGAUGCCCAUGUGAGAAAUGUAAAUAAUUCUAUGGAAAGUUUUAUCUAAAGAUGAUCACAGUUAAAAUCAUGUACAUUUACUUGGGGUUCUCCAAUGUGUGGAUGUCGAUGACAGGAUGUUAUGAAUUCUGGCGUGUAACAGAUAUUGGUGGAAAAUUUACGACUGACCUUAACAGUAUGUAUUCUGUGUGGUAUAAUCUAUGAACUCCAUAUUUUUAUUUAUGGCAUUAAAAGUAUUGGUUGAUCAACUGGGAUUGCCAAUUUGGAUGACCAAGGUCAUUUUACACAAAACUUAGCGAUUGAUCACAGGGCAUGUUUGUAAGCUUGAUGGUAUUGGUCAUUAUGUACAAUCAGUGGUAAAAAUCAAUUAUAUGAUCCAUGCCUAUGUUUUGUGUAGUCGGGCCUUGAUGGUAUCUCUCUACUGUUUGACCAGAUAAAAACUGUUUGAUCAUCACAAUUUUUCACUCAAUCUAUUGCUGUAAAUAGAGCACAGUGGUUUUUCUACUCUGCACGAUUCCUUGCAUAGGGAAACAAAAAUAUGUACAGAUUCACUCAAAGGAUAUUCUUGAACAUGGGUAACUGUUCUUCAAAAGAAAUAUAUAUAUAUAUAAAAUGCACUGGUGACAUUUAAUUUUACGCACAUUGUAAAUAUACCAAUAUAGUUGUAUAUAACCUUUUCCCUUUUUUUGCUAGUCUAAAUAUAUUUCUAAACUAUAUUUUCUGUAAAUAGUUCACCUGUAACCUAUCAAGCUGUAUAGCAAUACAGAGCAUCUGUUUUCCUUUGAUAAAUAGGGUUUAUCACCCCUUGCAUAAAGAAAAAAAAAGCAUUAGGAAUAAUCAGUGUGUUAUAUGUAUUUGUAUAUAAAAUUUUGGGGAGAUUUUCGUUAUCUUUAAUUAGUUGGUAUAUCCUUAUUUUUGUUAAUGCAAGAGAUGUGGAAAGGUAGCAUGAUGCUGAUUUUUACUGUCGCUUCGUUAUCACAAUAAUUUCAAUUUUGUAAAUAAUACAUGAAUAUAUAAAUAUAUAUUUCCCAAGAUGGCUCAUUUUAGAACCAUCAACAUUUCCUUUUUUUUCUUAUAAUUCUUUUCAAGAUUUAUCAGUAGGGAGAGUGAAUUAGAAAUAGACUAGAUAUUUUUCCCUCUAAAGCUUUGAAAUUUUCCAUAUUGUUGUGUAUAGACAUGAGAUAUCACAUUAGAUAUUUCCAUAUUAAUGGUUUGGAUGUUUCUUUGUAAUUUUUGUGUUUACUGUGAGAGAAGGAUUGUAAUAUUUCACCAUUGUAAUGACUGGAUCGUACAGUGGAUUCUGUACAUAUUCACAGAGGUAUUUAGCAGACCAGAUUAGUAUAGUAGUAGAUGAUGGCUAGCUAGUCAGAUGUAUAGUGUGUAUAGAGAUUUAGUUGUAUGAAUCAACAAAACAAUUGAUUUAUUAUUUAGUGUGAAAUAAUUUUUAUCUUAUAGCAUGUAAAUUAGCACUCUAUUUUUUUUCUGCUGAUAAAGUUUAUGUAUGAUUUUUGUGGUCGUGGAGCUAGGGUUUAUACCUAGACAAUGUGUAGUUAGAUUAUUUAACUUUUAGAUGGUGGAUUUAAUGGUUCCAAUCAGAUUUAAUAUUUUAUAUUGCUUUUGCUGUGCUAGAUAGGUGAAAUCAAGGGGGGUCUUCCACAAAUAGUUAAGUUUGAUUUUAAAAAUAGCAGUUAAAGUCCAAGUUGCAUGUGGUUUCUUAAAACACCUUUCCACACGAGUCAGACCAUGUAUAGUGUACCACAUUCUUAUGGUUGAGAUGAAUUUGAUAUAUUGGUGUUACGGCUUGUGCAUGGCAUUAGGUCAUUCUUAAUUAUUUGUGAAAUAGCCCCCAGGUCAUUGGUUGACAUUGAGUUGGAACUGCGCUUAUUGGUGCAAAGUGAUUUGAUGGGUUUCUUAUAUCAUUCUUGGAAGAGCCUGGGUUAUAUUAACCAAUACAUUUUAAUACCGUUUUAACACCCUUUUCCUUUACUCUUGAUAUUUUACACUACAUUACGGUCUAAAGUGUUAAGCACUUUGGUGUAUAAUGUUAUAAGCUGUGCGCUCUCAACCAAUAUACACAAACGUUUAGUUCACUUAUGAUGCUGGACACGGGGAGUGCUAAGUGAUGAUAAUUCUCAGUGUAAACACUGCCUUGUCGCUGGUGUUAAGUAGUGUUCCCAUGUUACCAUGUAGAGCUUGGUGUAGAACACUGUGAUACUUAGACUUUAAUAGCGUUCCUCAUGUGUAAGAUCAUAAUGUGUAGCACUACACUUUUCUAUACAGUACAAUGUAAACUUCUAUUCAAGACUGCAUACAUACUGUAUGUAGCAUUAAAGCUAUGAUUUAUGGUAUAUUUUAUUAUUGGUUCAACAUUGUAAUAAGUGUAAUUUUUAGCCUUCCAUCUGUAUUUAUAUUAUUUCUUCAUGCAGACUGAAAAAAAUGCCUAAAAGAUGCUACUUUUGUGUAAUUGACAAUCCCAUAUCACACGCAUAUGAAAGAUAUGUAAAUGAUAACAAAAAUCCCAUAUAGAGAUAACUAACAAUAUAAAAAGUGUAAAACGGACAAUAACAAUGAUUUUUGUAUAUUAUCUAGGCCUAGUAAAUACUAUUCCUAAGGAUUUCUUGAUCUGAUUCUGGCUUUAUUUGAUUGAAAACUUGCUGUAGAACAGUGAACAAUUCCUCUCAAUUUCCUAACAUAUUGUUCGAGAUAACCUUGUCUUUAAAUGGCAUUUCUAAGGUGUAAUAUACCCUGUCUGUCUUUGAGUAGCUUUGAUUUUGUUCCCUUAAUUCCUUUGCUAUUAGUAAAGAAAUGGCAAAAAAUAACACAAUCAAUGCUUGGUGUUUUCAGUUCUAAAUCAUUGAGAAAAAAUCUACAUAUAUUCAGAAUUUUAAUGUUUUUUAUAUUAUUUUUUAUUCACAUUCAGAAUUUGAUAUUUUUUUUAUCCUCGUGAGUUAUUCUUUUACACAUACUAUUCAUCACCUUUGAUUUAAAAUGUUACAAGCUUUCUCAAUUUCUUAUUUUGCACAAAUCAUGAAUAUCCUGUCCCAUCCUUGUUUCCAAUAAUUUCUCUUUCUGGGCACCAUCGGUUGAUACCGAGUGUAAAAUUUCAAUAUCUCUGUUCCCAUUUUGUCCAAUGCUAUUUAUUUUGGAGCAGUGUUUUGGUAUUUUUGUAUGUGAUGGUAGAUCAACGUUUGAAGGUCUUUUUGUCAGGUGUAUUUUAGUGUGACAGAGUUAGUAUGCGCAGUGUAGGGGAUUAGUUAGCUAUAAGGGCCACUGUUGUCAAGGAAACGAAAAGAGAAUACGAGAGAACCGAUUAUAUUCCUAUGUUUCCAUCACGUGGCCUUCAUUUGCAUGAUAAGACGUGGCUUAGUCAUGCUCUUAAAAAAAGGAUGAAAAUAUAGCAAAGAACUGAUACAAGUA